CCUCCCCUCUCUCCGUAGGCAGUUCACUUAACCUCCAGAAGAUGGCUGAACCUGCAGGAAUACCAGAGCAAGAAGCUCAUGUCAGAGCAUGGAGUGAGAGUUCAAAGGUUUUUUGUUGCCAACACUGCUACGGAGGCUCUUGAGGCAGCAAAGAGACUGAAUGCAAAAGAAAUUGUUUUAAAAGCCCAGAUCUUAGCUGGAGGAAGAGGAAAAGGUGUCUUCGAUAGUGGCUUGAAAGGAGGUGUUCAUUUAACAAAAGACCCUAAAGUGGUGGGACAGCUGGCCCAACAGAUGAUUGGUUAUAAUCUGGCAACAAAGCAAACUCCAAAAGAAGGUGUAAAAGUUAACAAGGUGAUGGUUGCUGAAGCCCUGGACAUUUCUAGAGAAACCUACUUGGCCAUUCUGAUGGACCGGUCCCACAAUGGCCCUGUGAUAGUGGGCAGCCCUCAGGGCGGCGUUGAUAUUGAAGAAGUGGCAGCUUCCAAUCCAGAACUCAUCUUUAAGGAGCAGAUUGACAUUUUUGAAGGAAUAAAUGAUAGCCAGGCCCAGCGGAUGGCAGAAAAUCUGGGCUUCCUCGGGCCUUUAAAAAACCAGGCAGCCGACCAGAUUAAAAAGCUGUAUCAUCUCUUCCUGAAGAUUGAUGCGACUCAGGUGGAAGUGAACCCCUUUGGUGAGACUGCAGAAGGACAAGUUGUCUGUUUUGAUGCCAAGAUAAACUUUGAUGACAAUGCUGAGUUCCGACAAAAGGACAUAUUUGCUAUGGACGACAAAUCAGAGAAUGAGCCCAUUGAAAAUGAAGCUGCCAGGUACGAUCUCAAGUACAUCGGACUAGACGGGAACAUUGCCUGCUUCGUGAAUGGCGCUGGAUUAGCCAUGGCUACUUGUGACAUAAUUUUCCUGAAUGGAGGGAAGCCAGCUAACUUCUUGGACCUUGGAGGUGGUGUAAAGGAAGCCCAAGUCUAUCAAGCAUUCAAACUGAUCACAUCUGAUCCCAAGGUGGAAGCCAUCCUCGUCAAUAUAUUUGGUGGGAUUGUCAACUGUGCCAUCAUUGCCAAUGGGAUCACCAAAGCCUGCCGGGAGUUAGAACUCAAGGUGCCACUAGUAGUCCGGCUUGAAGGAACUAAUGUCCAAGAGGCUCAGAAAAUCCUCAGAAACAGUGGCCUCCCUAUCACAUCAGCUGCGGACCUGGAGGAUGCUGCCAAGAAAGCUGUUGCCAGUGUGGCAAAGAAGUGAUGUGAUGGCUUCCCCCGGCUCCCGUGAAGAAGGGCACUUCCCGCAUCACUGUGAAAGCAAUUGUUAUCUCACUGGGAAAGGGGUCAUACACAAGGAUCAUUGUCUGAAAAAAAUCUUAAGUCUGAACUUUCUCAAUGCGCUAUCCACAGUGCCUGAAGCUGAUUUUACACUGUAGUCAUUGUAAAAAAAAAAAAAAAAAAAAUCACAUCUUACAGUUUCACACUUUCUCUUGUCCAGUCACUAGCAGGGUCUGCCAGCUCUGAGCCACAGUCAGUGUGGCCAAGUAAUGUGCAGAGGUACAGUAUUUGAAGCCUGAUCGGUGUCUAUCCGUAAGAAUUUGUGGGCAUUUACUCUUCUGUAAUAGAAAAAUUGCAGGACUCACAAGUUCAGACAGGAUUCUGAUUAACAUAGUGACUUCCAGAAGGACACAGGUAAGACAUCUGAGCAUCUAGGAACGGAAGUUUCCAGAAAGCCCAGGAACAUAAAGUAUAAAGUACGGUUUACAUUGGGAGUCCCACAUUAAUACAUGUACAUUGUGCCUUAAUGUUGACUAUACUGCCUGCCUCACACCAAACUACAGCCGGAAGCCUUAGAUGCAAGUUUGAUGGAAGGUUCUGUUUCGGAUCAGGGCUGUGAAUACUGACUGACUUUUAUGAGACUGUAGUUAAGCUGUCUCAUUAAGAGACAGUACUGAACCAGUUUGUCAUAGAUGAGGCAAUGUCACUGGAGAGAACAUGGCUUUCCUAAUAAUGUCCUUUCUUGUGCUGAGAAUUUUUUAAUUUGAUUUUUUGUUUAAUUUUGAUAAGUUUGUACUGAUAAUACAUCUUAAAUAAAAUCGUUUUUCAGUGCUA